AAAAAACUAAAAAUUAAAAUGGUAAAGAUAUUUUUGAUCCACCCUUCUCCAGCUCGAAAGAACAUUAGAAUAUCCAAAUACGUUGUAAAAAUAAAAAAUCGACGUGUAAAAUUUUGAACCCCCCCCCUUCGAGCCCUCUGCCAAAAGAAGUAGUAAAAUCUUGGUAAAGUCACUGAAAAAACGAAAGAAAAAUGUUGACCCCUGCCUUCAAAAAAAAAAAUUGCCAAGUAUUUUUGAAAAAUAUUCUGCCAUAAAUCCUGCUGAAAUUUUGCUUUUUUAUUUAGAAAUCUUGUUAAAAACCUUGAAAUGUUACCUCUGUUGAGUAGGUGAAAACAGAAACAGACAGAAAAUGAAGUUUCUCUUUUUAUUUUAUUUUUAUCAAGGUGUAACAGAAAAAGUGACAUAGUGAUACGAGUGUUUUAUCAAAAUGUCAGCCUAAUGUAGCAAUUUCGAUAGGAAGAAUGCUUUAACUGUAUUAUUUUGAAACAUCAUACAUUAUUUCAAAUAGGUACCUUCGAUAAUUUUUGUCAAAAUAUGAUUACAUCAAGUAAAGUUUUUUCGAGCUCAUUUUUUCUGAUUUUUUUUUCGAUUGGCUCGCUGCCAAAAAAUAAUCAUUUUGAAAUUACCUAUCUAACGAAUAUUUCGUGUUUUCAAUAACGUCACAUUGCGAUAGUUAGCUAGUCGGUGGUCAAUAAUGCUGUAUAGUCCCAUACCCAGAACAGGAAAAUAUUUCCAGGAACCUUUAUCUCGAUUAUAUAGGUGCUCAAAGAUACGUAUACGUACAUAUUGUAGGUAUCUAUGGCUAUAAGUUGGACGAUAGGUGAUAUGUAGGUAGGUAGUAGGUACAUUAUCGGUGAAUGACCUCAAUGGUGCCAUCUUGAAUAAGAAUAACCUUAUAUCUGAAACGUCGGUCCGUUCGGUCCGUCUGUCGUUGUCAACCCACGCGUUUUCAGUCGAAUCGACUACAGCUUUUAUGAUAUUACCGGUCGCUAUAUAAAUGAAUUGGUGCGCGAGGAAAAAAGAGAAAAGUUGAUGGUGCAGAUUUAACUUGCAAAUGAAUCCGACAUUCAUUAAAGUAACGUGAUAAAUAUACCUAUAUACACGUGCGUUAUCUUCUAGAUACCUACGCGACUUACCAACUGUAGUAAAUGGUCUGUGAAGCGAGGAUAUUUUAGCUUAGCUUUUCGUAUUCGAAUGCAGUCCUAGCAUUACGAUUCGAAGAACCAUACCAUACGUACGCAAAAAAAAGUGUGCUUUGUCGUAUUCGUAUCUCUAAUUAUUAUAUGUACGCUUAUCUGCCACUGCCGAUAGGACGAAGACGACGAUCAAUAGUUGUUGUAUUGGAAUAGUAAUACUCCGCGAACCAGUUCGAUUCAGUGAAACAAUCUAUAUGAUCGUGUAAAUCAUCCUCGCCGCCGGUAAACGUAGUCGUGUGUUCGGGCCUGGCGCGAUGGACAGCGCUAGAAUAUCGGUUCCUUUGCGCGCGUCCAAUUUAUCGGGUAAAAAAAUGCGUAAACGUCGCGAACUGGACGCCCUAGUCGCGUCCAAUGGAAUGAAGCGAUUCAGCGCCUAUAACGGAGGACCGGUUUGCGUAAAACCAGGCACAAACUAUCACGAUCAAUUGCUCUCCGAGUCGACCGACGAUCAAGAGGAUUAUUGGAGAUCGAGGAAUAAAGCGGCUGCGAAAAGAAACAGAUCAACGAUGCUGAGGCGAAGAUGCUCUUCUUUAUUGAAUGUGUGCACGAUUUUAUUAGUUUUUGGAUGCGUUAUGGUUACGUCGACGGUUCUGUGGCUGUUUUUGGAUAUCAAACAUCAGGCCAAUUACCUGCAUAGUGAAAUGGAUCAAGUUGUCUCUGGUAAUCAAGGUAUACCAGAAUCAGUACGGCAGUGCCAUUUGCAAACUAAAGAAUUACAAAGAAAUCAGUCUGAAAUGACUGUUCGAAUAAAUAGUUUAAAUACACAAUUGAAUAGUUUAAGUAAAGAGAUAUCGCAGAUUUCAAACGAUUUGAAAUCAGUUCAAAGUAAAUUAAACUCAUCUACGGAGCGCUCUAAUGUUCCUACUCAUUCUGGCCUUACAGAGAUGACGAAUUGGAUUAGCGUUUUGAACGAUACCGUUGCUCAACUAAAACAAUCGGAAAAUCGUAUGCAAGAUGGUUUCCAUACGUUAACUAAUAACGUAACUAGUCUUAAGGAGAAAUUAUCAUCGCAAAAAGUUCCUAAUGGAGGUGUUUCCGUUACUAAUAAAGAAACCAGUUCGAGUGAUUUUCAACAAAUCGUCGAUAAUUUAAAUUAUUCCUUCACAUAUCUAAAUACCUCGUUGAAUAACGAAAUCAACCUAAUUAAGAUGAAUCAUUCGCAAGAUCACCAUUUGAUUGAAGUUAUACAGUCGUAUUUAAAUCAAACUAUCAACCCUGGAUUGAGUAACUUGACCGAAGAACAUACUCAAAUCGCAGCACUUCCUGAUACGGUGAAAAAUUUGACUCAAAAGUACGAAUUCUUGGAUUUGAAGCUGAAAUCUUUAAUCGAAGAAAUCCACUCGCUCAACGAAACCAACAAAACUGAUAAAAUCGAUAUUCCUACGACUACGAAUUCAGUGCCUACUGCGAAUAAUUAAAGGUACAAGACGUCUAUCCGUUUGGAAUAAUUAUUCUCCAAAAAUAACGCCUUCAAGAACAAACUCUACUAUAAUUAAAUGUGUAAAAUUUUGCGCAGGGUUUCGACGAAGCAAUUCUAAUGUGAAUUUUAAUCCGAACCUAACUCGGUAUCGUAUUCGAUUAAUUUGUAUACCUACUUAUACUGAAAAUCAUCAUUUUUGCGAAUGAUCACGUACAAGUGAACGUUAUGUUACCAUAUUGUAUUGACGCGACGGUUUAUUAGCGAUAACUUUAGCUUUUAUACUGGUACUCGAUGCUUCGACGUGAUUGAAAUUUUCUUGCCGAAAUCCAAACUAGUAUGAAUGGUUGUGUGAUGUUAACGAAAUUGACAAUUUUUUUUCAUUUUGCUUCUCAACUUAUACGUAGGUAGAUUAGGUGCGCAAACUUGCCUGUGUACAUUUUUUCGUGUUUUUUAUGAUUAUAAUUUUUUCUUUUCGUUGGACAAAAACGACUGUUGAAGAUGAACUUUGAGUUGAGAAGGUUCGUGUUUUAAUUUUUAUAUUUUUUGUUUAUUUGUUGAAAAAACAAAAAACCUGCAGUGUGGUCGAUCGAUCGUGACUUUGAAUGUCUCGAAGACUGCAUGAUAUGAACCAGAUUAAUCUGUGAGAUCCGGAUUUUGGAUUUAAAAUCAUAGAUCUAAACCAGAAUUUUGAAUGGAUUCUGUAUCUUAGAUCUGGAUUCAAAUUUUCCUAAUUUUAAAAUUUCAAGAUUCAAUUGAAAAAAAAUUAUAACUAGUUAUUGAAUUUUUGGCAAAAAAAAAAUAUUUUUUAGAUUGCUGCCAAAGAUUAUCCUAAUGUAAUAUUUUUGAUUUUGUUUGUUUGGAUUUUUUAAAGCAGAUUUAACAAGAUGGGGAAUUUGGAGCUUUUUUUCAUUUUUCAACAUUAUUCUCAUCAGUCAGUGAUUUUUUUUUCAAAUUACUCGUUUAAAAAUUUCAUAUUUUGUUUCAAAAACAACAUCUAGCGUCACAAAUAGUCCUAUAUUUAUGGAUAGAAAAUGAAAUCUAGGGGUGCUCAAAAUUUGUGAUGGUGGCAGAGAAUUUCUGAGUUACUGCCCAUCUUCGAAAUUGAAGGAGCUAUAGGAAUUGAAAUUUGUGAAGUCAUUUUUCCUUCUCAAUAAUGCAAACAAAUAAAUUUAAAAAUAGGACCAGUUUUUUGACAAUUUGAGUUUAAAAAACUCGAUUUUUGGAUUUAAAAAAUUAAUUUAUGUAUUGAUAUUGAUACUUGGCGAAAUAUUUGAUAUUUUAUCGAAACAUAAUUUUCAUUAGUUUUCUCAUUUUUCCCCUCAAAUUGGUUAAAUCAGGAACUUGAAUGAUGCAGUAGUUAAAUUUUAAAUUUUCGGACAAAAAUUCUGAACUAUUUAAAAUUUAAAAAUUUUCAUUUGAAACAAAUUAUUUUUUCAAAUGUUUUUUUUCUUUCGUUUUUUUUUUUCUUAAUCAAAAAUGUUGAUAAUUAUAUGCAACAGAAAAUAUUAUUAAAUCCACCUUAAAAGUAACUGGUUUCGCCAGUAAUAUUCAAAUUUUCACCAUGUUCUGACUUCUAAUUGAUCGACCACACUGUGCAUUUUUUUUCUUUUUUUCUCGUAAUACGCAAUACGCACCAUGAUGAAAUUUUUCGAACACAAUAGCUUAAGCGUUAAAGAUUUUGUAAUGGCUUUGAGCAAUACAAACGAAAUUAUUCAUAAGUAUGUGGCAUUGAUCUCUUGAAAUUAUGCCUCUUAGAUUGUUUUAUUUUUAUUUUUUGUUGCGGGUGGAAUGGAAAGUUUCACUCGGCCAAUAAUUUACUAGUCCAUUAUGUUAAUUAUAGUAAAAUUGUAUAUUUUUAAGACUAGUCAUGUAGAGUGAAUGUUGAUCGCUAACUAAUUCCUUGAGGUAACUGUUAAGUUUAUUGUUUUUUUUCCCUGUGGUAUUCCUCUUACGAGCAUAUACCGCUGUUUUACGUUUAUGAUUUGCAUUUCUACUUUUAUUAUAAGGUAUUCUAAAUGAAAUAAAAUAUUGCUAGCCAUUGAAAAUCGAGAUAUUCCGAAGAGUGUGAUUUUAUUUUACUUUUAUAUCAUUCCUUGUAUGUACGUAGAGUUAUUUUUGUGUUAUUAAGGUACUUAUUGUUUCGUGUUUUUCUUUUUCGUUUUUUGUUUUGUUUUGGAAGAAAUUUAGAAAUUUUUUUUUUAAUCUUUACUAUCGCAUAUCUUUUAUAACUUGAUAGGGUAAAUAUUACAAAUCCGUUCAUUCGAAGGCCUAAUGUUCGAAGAUUCGUACAAAAUUUCCUAAUGAGAACAAAAAUUCGUGGACAAAAAAUAAUUAAAUUCGGUAAGAUCAUUUUUUUUUUUUAAAUUUGUAAUAAAUAUUUAGGUUUUAUUUUGAACGUAUUUCUUUGACUGAAAAUAAAACAAUAAUAAAAUUUAUUUCUUUAAAAAAAAGUGAAAAUGAAAGAUCUGCAGCGUUCUUUAUUAAUUUUUUAAAAUCAUUUUACAUUUAUGUACAUUUGCUGUAUUGGCGAAUAAACGAUAUGAAUUUAUACAUAUUUUUACAUUAUUAAGAAAUUAUCAUCCUCAACCACACUACGUUAGAGUAUUACCAUCUUGAAGUGGAAGUCGUAGGCCUAUUUCGUUACCUCAGUUUAUUGUAAUGUGAUAUAAGAAUUCGAUUUCAUUUUAUAAUUUGUAUAUAGAAUAGAAUAAUACUUUUUCUCGUUCUUUGUGUGUACAAUAUUUCAGAUUAUAAAAUUAGAAUCGAAAUAUAUAUUUGUUUGGUA